UAAAAAAAUUUCUUUUGCGUCUGUAACCUAACUAACUCUUAUCGGUUCGGGUACAUUUUCCGAUGUACGGAUCGGAGAAUAACCGAGAAGAUUCAGAUCGAACGGCUUUCAGAAGAGCAGAGAAGAAGUACAAGCUAUACUACGAUAACAAUGCUUCUUUCAAGAAUAAAAAGAAAAAACAACCUAAACCGGUGGACUUAACGGAGGUAUUUGACUUCAGAUCAAUUCUAGAAUGUCAUCACCGCAACGGUGAACUUCCUCCUGAUGUUAUCGUUCUUCAGGACAAGUUCAGUUCUCCGGUGUUUUCUUUGCAAAAUCGUCCUGGCUUUUAUUUCAUCCCUGGGGCAUUAAGCAUAGAGAAACAGUGUGAUUUGAUAAGGGAGAGUUUGACUGAUUUUCCGCAGCCACCUAACAGAACAAAUCACAAUGCCAUAUAUGGUCCUAUACAUAAUUUGUUUGUUGCGGCUAAACAAGGGAAAGUUUUGGUUGAAGAGAAAUCUCCAAUUACCUCACCUGAACCUAGUACUGAUUUUGGUUGUAGGGAUGGUGAAGAAUGGAAGUUUACCACGGAAAAGGAAGCUUCCUUGAGAAAAUGCAGAUCAGUUUCUGGUUCUGCUUUGCUGCGGAAGUUGCGAUGGAGCACUCUUGGCCUACAGUUUGAUUGGUCCAAUCGAAAUUAUAACAUGUCUCUCCAACAUAACAAAAUCCCUGAAGCACUCUGUGAGCUCGCCAAACAAUUGGCAAAACCUGCAUUGCCUGCUGGGGUUGAAUUCCAGCCUGAAGCUGCAAUAGUAAAUUACUUCGCAUCAGGUGACACGCUGGGUGGCCACCUCGAUGAUAUGGAAGCAGAUUGGAGUAAGCCCAUAGUUAGUUUAAGCUUGGGCUGUAAAGCUAUUUUUCUUUUGGGAGGAAAAACUAGAGAGGAUCCUCCCCUGGCAAUGUUCCUUCGAAGUGGUGAUGUUGUACUCAUGGCUGGAGAAGCAAGAGAGUGCUUUCAUGGUGUUCCUCGGAUCUUUACUGAUAAAGAAAAUGCUGAAAUAGGCCAUCUUGAGACACAGCUGACGCACGAAGACGAUCUUUGUUUCCUAAAAUAUAUUCAAACUUCAAGAAUCAACAUCAAUAUCAGACAGGUUUUUUGAGUAGUAUUUUCUUAUUUCAAAGUAAAAUUUUGUUUGAUUAUGAAAAAAGAAAAGAUAUAGCAUUUCUUGUGGCUUUUAUGACAACUGAGUCAUGUCCAGCAAACAUGUUUGCAAUGUACCAAAAUGGAGAAGUGCGAUUAAUAUAAAGUUGAUAGAUAGAUAAGUAUAUACAGGCAAAGCGGUAAAAACGCCGCAAAAGAUUAUGAUUUGUUAUUUUCGACUAUGUUCCAUGAUGCAUUUAGCAUCUACUA